AACCAGGUUAGAGCUGUGACGUCAGCAGGGACUCGCUCGACAGGAGACGUUUGAAGCAGACGAACUGGACGUGCGGCUCAUUUCCCUGGAAUUUGUUUCUCAGAGGAACAACAUGGCUGAAACACACAGGAAGAAAUGGGUUUUCCCUCAAAGACCGGCGACUGAAGGAAACAGAGGCUCGGAGAGAGACGCUCACAGAAGUCUGGCGGUUCCCUUCAGAGGUCACAUCAGCGGUGGGAUGUGUCCGGGGAAGAAGGUGGUGCUAGUGGGCGUGGUCGCAUCCCGUCCUGACAGGUUUUAUGUAGCUCUGACGUGUGGGCGCGGGGCAGCCGGGGAGCCCCCCCCCGACGUGGCCCUGGAGCUGUGCGUACGCUUCAGGGACAGACAGGUCCUGAGGAGAGCCUGUGUGGGGGGGGCGUGGGGGGACAUGGACAGAGCCCUGCCUUUCUUCCCCUUCAUCAGAGACCAGCCCUUCAAGAUGGAGCUUCACUGUGAACACGCUCGCUUCCGAGUGUUUGUGGACGGACAGAAGCUGUUUGAUUUCUCCCACAGACUGACGUCACUCGAAGGAAUCGACACGUUGUGGAUCAAAGGCAGCCUCACCAUCAAUAAACUGGCAUAAAAAGCACUGGUGAACACCCAGAGCUGCUCUCCAGCUCUGGGAGAAGAGAGUCUAUGUAAGAGGUUUCAGCGUCUUGAAGCCAUCUGCUGGAAUUCUUGGUUUCAUAUCUGGGAACUAUGGCAUGAUUUACAGAACGAGCUGUUUAGCGCCCUCUGCAGGCUCGUCCUGUGAUUACUCCAACAUACGUUUACCUCAUGAUCUGAAUCUUUGCCCAUGUUUAGUUUUGGGCGUCCAGCUUUGUAACACUUUAUGUGACUUAGGUCGACUUUAACCCGAAACCGCCAUGACAGUAAGAGAGGGAACCAUGACGUUCAUAUUCUGAGACGCUGCCUACGUACUCGUGCAGUACAGACAGAGUUCAGGAGUUUGGCAUUGCAUUUUUUAAUUCAUUAAAAACAUGAAUUUAUCCAAUA